CAAAGCGGUCGGUGAGAACCGGUCGCAGCGCUAACGUAAAACAACAAAGUUGCGCAAGAAUUUAUGGAGGGGUUAUAGGCUGGCCGAUGUGUUGACGCUGCUUACUUUUGCAGAACUCACCUCGUGCGGGCCUCCCUACACCCGUCCCCCAAUUAUUCCUAGUUCCCCAAAUUUUAAAAACUCUAAUCUGUGUUAUUACUGUUUGAUGAUGCAUAAUUUGGUAUUUUCCAUGAAUAAGCCAAUUUAUAGGGACUUCGGAGCAAUAAGGUGAACUUUGAUUACAGCUCAUCGUGUGGAUUCGAGAGCUAUCUUUUAACAAAACUCUAUUCCCGAAUAUUUGCAACUUCGUCCUUGUAAUUUGUUUUCUUUCUAGAAAAAACACAUAACUUAUUUACUUUUGCUUCCGAGUCUAAAAUAAAACGAUUUUGCUGUGGUUUUUUCUCAUCCCAAAAAAAAAAAAAAAUGGAAGAAGAAGCUGAUUUAGCGAAGAGUCCGAGAAGAAAUUUAAGAAGGAUUAAAGGAGAUGGUAUGCAGGAUUCAGAGAUGAUUAGUAAACCUUAUGAGGUUUAUGGUUUUGUAGGAUCCAUUUUGACUGUUGUUGCUACUGUGAUCUUCUUGAUUUGGGGUUAUGCACCAGAGAUGUUGUUAGAGUCUUUAGGGAUUUCUCAUUAUUAUUACUACUACCCAAACAAGUACUGGGCUUUGGCGAUGCCUUUGUAUUUGAUGGUGACUCUGUUUUUAGUUUUGGGGUUUUACAUUGGUCUCAACUUCAUGUCUACUUCAUCGCCAACCUCUUUCUAUACUUUGUUUGAUGAGUACAGCACAGAAGAUGGAGAUUUUGUUCAUCUGGUGAAGAAAGAGGAAGACAAGCCAAUUGAUCCAAUCUCUGACAUUGAUAUUACAAGAGCUAACGUUCUUAUGUUCGAUUCAAGACAUGCCAAGUGAUGUCCUUUGUUCGAAUUUCGCUGAGUGUUGGAUCGUAUCAUUAGAUGUUUAUCUGAUAAAGGUUAUAUUCCAAACCUCAAGAAGAAUCUCAGGGCUUUGGAGAGGGAAAUG